AAAAAUCAACCGUUUAGCAAAGUCUUCGUGGUCAUAAUCUUACCCAUUUCAGACGCUCACGCUUAUAAAAAAAAGAUGAAGCUCACGAGAUCUAUCGAUUCCGAACUCAGCUCAACGAACUGGGUUGUGUUCUCUUUAGGCACCUGCGGUAAUGACAAUAAAAAGAAAAACGACUACAAAGAAAACAAACCCAAGAAAAACGCAAAAACAUUUCUUGUCAAAUCCGUGUUCAAGAGUGAUCGAUAUGCUGUGUUGAUCACGGAUCUGAGACGUGUUUGGUUUGAAGAGUCGAGUGAAAGAGAAAUCAUAAAGCGUGCCAAGGAUCCGGAAUCAGGAUUGGAUGCCUCAGAGGAAAUUCAAGUGCCCAAUCUGUUGCACCUCCUCUCAGGGAUUUUGGAAACUCAGAAAGAUGGAGUAACUUACGAAUUUGAAAUCGUAAAAAAUAAGCUAAAACUAAACACAUUGACGGAUCUGGGUUUAGUAACGUUGCGGUGGAUAUUCUUCUGUGCGAUUAUACCCUUAUCAUCGUCACCGGAGGACAUCAUGACUUCAGAAGGUAUACUCGAUGGACCCGCCAUCCUAUACAAACAUCUCAUGCUACCAAUGAUGAAUGUCACGUUAGGAUAUAUGCAUCAGGUCGAUGAGUUGGUUAGAAUAGUGAAAGAGAAAGAAGAUGAAUUGUUAGAUGUGAUCGAGGGGAAAACGUCAACAAAGAAACGAAAAACGGAACAUUUUGAUGGAGACAAGCUGGAAGAGAACAUGAGAAAGAAAAUAGCCCUCCAGAUUGAUCGUGUGAAACAAAAAGAAAUUGUUCCAAUUUCCGAAAUUUUAGCCGAUAGAAGAAUACGCACUUUAUUUAAGGAUGUUACAGAAAACAUCACCUCAAAACAGCGGGCUGAAGAGGUGCCACGUAGUAAAACACCUGAAACACCGUCAAACUCUCAACUAAGUAUUGAUUUGGAUUCAAGUCAAUCGACCAUUUUAGAAGAGGAUUUAUCCAAUUGGAAAUUAGUUGAUUCCAGGUCUUUUGGUGCAUCGUCUAAUUCUAAGGGAACCGAGGUUCUGUCUAAUGAAAAUAAACAUUCACAAAAAGCAAUAAGCAAAAGUGCCGAAAAAGAGGAAACAGUUCCGGUGCAAAAAGAGUUGGAGAAACGUCAACAGAUUAAAGAUAGUCAAAAGAGGUACGAUGAAAGUUUGAAAAAGAAGAAAAAGAAAGUUUGGUAA